GCGAGCGGCUGAGCCAUGGAGCGGGGCGGCCCCCCCGCGCCCGCCGCCGGCGAGCGGGCCCCCGCCGGGGCGGCGCUGCGCGGGCACCCGGCCGGCGCCUGCGGGCCCUGGGAGAUGCGCGACCGCCUGGGCACCGGCGGCUUCGGCAACGUGUGCCUGUACCAGCACCAGGACUCGGGCGACCGCGUGGCUAUCAAGUCGUGCCGGGUGGAGCUCAGCGUCAAGAACAAGGACCGCUGGUGUCAUGAGAUCGACAUCAUGAAGAAGCUGAACCAUCCCAACGUCGUGAGAGCCUGCGAAGUUCCCAAGGAGAUGAACUUCCUUGUUAACAACGUUCCCCUCCUGGCCAUGGAGUACUGCUCGGGGGGUGACCUCCGGAAGCUGCUAAACAAACCAGAAAACUGCUGUGGGCUGAAGGAAAGUCAAAUCCUUUCUCUGCUUAGUGACAUUGGGUCUGGUAUCCAGUAUUUGCACAAGAACAGAAUUAUACACAGAGAUUUAAAGCCUGAAAAUAUUGUUCUUCAGGAUGAAGGUGGGAAGAUUGUUCACAAAAUAAUAGACCUGGGAUAUGCAAAGGAUCUGGAUCAAGGAAGUUUAUGCACUUCAUUUGUUGGAACUUUGCAAUAUUUGGCUCCAGAACUCUUUGAGAAUAAAUCCUACUCGGUUACUGUUGAUUACUGGAGCUUUGGCACAAUGGUGUUUGAAUGCAUUGCAGGAUUUAGACCUUUCUUACAUAAUCUACAGCCAUUUGCCUGGCAUGAAAAAAUCAAGAAGAAGGAUCCAAAGCACAUCUUUGCCUCUGAAGAGAUGAGUGGGGAGGUUAGCUUCAGCACCCACCUGCCGCAGCCUCACAGCCUCUGUGGUUUGAUUGUAGAACCCAUGGAAAACUGGUUGCAGCUGAUGCUGAACUGGGAUCCACAGCAGAGGGGUGGAGGUUCAGAUCCUGAGACCAGUCGUCCAAGGUGUUUCCUAAUAAUGGAUCACAUACUGAAUCUGAAGAUAGUACACAUCCUAAACAUGACCUCUGCCAAGAUCGUGUCCUUCCUUUUGCAUCCCGAGGAAAGCCUUCAUUCCCUUCAGAAUCGCAUUGAGUUUGAGACUGGAAUAAGCACUGGAAAUCAGGAGCUGCUGUUGGAAACAGGGAUUUGCCUGGACCCUCGGAAACCUGCUUCCCAGUGUGUUAUUGAUGGUGUGAGAGGCUGGGACAGCUACAUGGUCUAUUUAUUUGAUAAAAGCAAAACUGUCUACGAUGGCCCCUUUGCUUCUCGGAGUCUGUCUGACUGUGUCAACUACAUUGUCCAGGACAGCAAAAUCCAGCUGCCGAUCCCUCAGCUGCGCAAGGUGUGGGCAGAAGCGGUUCACUACGUCAUUGGGCUGAAGGAGGACUACAGCAGGCUUUUCCAGGGACAGAGAGCUGCCAUGCUCAGCCUCCUUCGGUAUAAUGCCAACCUGAUCAAAAUGAAGAACAACAUGGUGUCAGCAUCCCAGCAGCUGAAAGCAAAGCUGGAAUUCUUCCACCAGAGCAUUCGCCUCGACCUGGAGAGAUACAGUGACCAGAUGGCUUAUGGCAUAUCUUCAGAAAAGAUGCUCAAAGCCUGGAAGGAAAUGGAAGAGAAAGCCUCUCAGUGUGCACAGGCUGAAGAUAUUGGCUACCUGGAUGAGCAGAUCAUGGCUCUGCACACCGAAAUCGUGGAGCUGCAGAAGAGUCCGUAUGCAAGGCGCCAGGGAGAGGUCAUGGAGAGCUUGGAACAGAGAGCCAUAGACUUGUACAAGCAAUUAAAAACAAGACCUCCAGAUCAUGCCUACAGUGACAGCACAGACAUGGUGAAGAUCAUUGUGCAGACAGUACAGAGCCAGGACCGAGUCCUCAAGGAGCUCUUUGGCCACCUCAGCAAGCUCUUGGGCUGCAAGCAGAAGAUCAUUGACUUGCUCCCCGAGAUUGAAGUGGCUCUAAACAACAUCAAGGAAGCUGACAACUCAGUGAUGCAGAUGCAGGGAAAGAGACAAAGGGAGAUCUGGCAUCUGCUGAAAAUUGCUUGUACUCAGAGCUCCUCUCGGUCACUGGUCAGCUCCAGCCUGGAAGGGACAGCCUCAGCUCCAGCAGCCACGUGGCUCCCGCAGAGCUCCUCAGGGAACACAGCUCCUCACCCUCUGUCCUCGCUGGCAGCUCCUGAAGAUGGGGAAAAUUUUGCUGACGUGAUACAGGAGAAUGUGAAUUACCUCGAGCUCUUCAGCAGCAUUCUGCAGGAGGUGAGGCAGGAGCAGAACAGCAUGAUGAGCUUCGACUGGAGCUGGCUGAAGUAGCCCCAGGAGCUGCAUCACCCAAGUGCCUUCUGUGUGCUGAGCGCGGGCUCGGCCGCCUUCCCUGUGGGACCCAGCGGUGUUUUGUUGACAUCACCACGGCACCCGCUGGCUGUGUCCCCAGGGAGCAGCAGCCUGGGCCCAGCCCGUGGAGCCUCCUCAGGGCAGGGGGCGCGGGCAGGCCCCGCCGCUGCCGUGUGCCCCAUGAAUGUAUAGCGCGUGUAUAUAUAAUAAACUCUGUGGUGAGAGACACACA